GACAGGUCAAGGGUCAGUGCAGAGCCGGUAGGAGAUGGUGAAGCAGACCAUACAGAUUUUCGCGAGGGUGAAGCCCACUGUCCGGAAGCAGCAGCAAGGGAUUUAUUCCAUAGAUGAAGAUGAAAAAUUAACCCCUAGCCUGGAAAUUAUCUUACCACGGGAUUUGGCAGAUGGAUUUGUGAAUAAUAAGCGAGAAAGCUACAAAUUUAAAUUUCAAAAGAUUUUUGAUCAGGGUGCAAACCAAGAGACGAUUUUUGAAAACAUUGCCAAACCAGUUGCUGAGAGUGUCUUGGCAGGUUACAAUGGUACCAUCCUUGCUUAUGGGCAAACAGGCAGUGGGAAGACAUUCACCAUCACUGGUGGGGCAGAACGCUACAGUGACCGAGGCAUUAUCCCAAGGACACUAUCGUACAUUUUUGAACAAUUACAAAAGGACAGCAGCACAAUACAUACAACGCACAUUUCCUAUUUGGAAAUCUACAAUGAAUGUGGUUAUGAUCUAUUGGAUCCAAGACAUGAAGCCUCCAGUUUGGAAGAUUUGCCGAAAGUGACAAUAUUGGAGGACCCUGAUCAGAACAUUCACCUGAAAAACCUGUCUCUCCAUCAGGCAGCCACAGAGGAAGAAGCUCUAAAUCUGCUCUUCUUAGGAGACACCAACAGAAUGAUUGCUGAGACUCCAAUGAACCAGGCUUCAACUCGUUCCCACUGCAUUUUCACUAUUCACUUAUCAAGCAAGGAACCAGGAUCUGUGACUGUCCGGCAUGCUAAACUUCAUUUGGUUGAUCUGGCUGGUUCAGAGCGAGUUGCAAAGACUGGAGCAGGGGGUCAACUUCUAACAGAGGCCAAGUAUAUCAACUUGUCCCUACAUUACUUGGAACAGGUGAUCAUUGCUCUUUCCGAAAAACACCGUGCACACAUUCCCUACAGGAACUCCAUGAUGACCAGUGUCCUAAGAGACAGUUUGGGAGGGAACUGCAUGACGACCAUGAUCGCAACACUCUCUUUAGAGAAAAGGAAUAUCGACGAGUCGAUAUCUACCUGUAGAUUUGCACAACGAGUGGCGCUCAUAAAGAAUGAAGCUGUUCUUAAUGAAGAAAUCGAUCCUAAAUUGAUGAUUAUACGCCUACAAAAAGAAAUCCAGGAACUGAAGGAUGAACUGGCCCUUGUCACUGGGGAGCAGAGGACAGAGGUGCUCACAGACGCAGAGCUGCUUCAAUGGCCCAUAUAUUAUUGUUCAAACACUGGAAAUGGGAAUGAAAGCAGGGAUUCAGGGCUUUUCUACCAGCAGCGGCAUCUUUCAGGGCCUUCUAUUUCUGCAGCCAUGUGGCAUAUCGGGGGCAUGCGUUCACGUCAGAGUUUAGGAUGGAGAAGUAGGGAAGGGCCCCAGGUAGCUGAUGACAUCCAGGAUAAAUUAGGGACCAGACAAGCUCUGAAGCCAGCAGCUGUCCUCAGCUCUGCCUGUCCCGUUCCCACUGAAAACAGCAAGGAGCACAAGCACCCACCGCUGCUCAGCCCCUCCUCCAGGACUGGCUGCCCAAGCCGAGCUCACGGAGAGUCUAGAAAAGAUGAGCUCACAGUCGGGAACAACUAG